AUGCCAUUUGACACAUCUGCUAUAGCCGUCUUUGGAAUAGCAACAGUUUUCCGUACGGCUAUUCCAUUGCUGGUGCCAUCGCUUCAGCCCGUGCUGGAUGGUCGUGUUGAGAUCACGACCCCUGUAUCUUCUUUUAAGCGACUUCAGGAGGGCUUAUUCUUGUACUCGUCGUCGUCUAUAUCGGCGACUGGCUCGUCGAUCUACGAAAGUGGCGUCUGCCACCAUUCACCUCUUUUGGUAGCCUUUUUUUCUUUAAUUAAAGAACAUGGCCUUCCAUUGCAUUUACCUUUUACAAUUGCCGAUAUUGUUGGCGCUCUUUGCCUUUACGCAAUUGCAUCAACACUACAGGCCCGCUCUCAAAAACAAGCAGCAGAAACCUCAAAAGAAAAAAGCGAGCAACUGCCACCACCAAGUGCAUUUUCACCUGCUGCAGUUGCAGCCGUUUAUCUCUUCAAUCCAUUUUCCCUUUUGGCAUCUUUUGCGCAUUCAACAAAUGUUUUGACCAACACUCUGGUGUUAGCAGCUAUUGCAUCAGGCCUUGUUGUGAGACGACCUCUCAUUGCUAUGCUUUUUCUUGCUCUAGCAUCUGUCUUAUCAAUAUACCCACUAUGCUUUUUACCUGCAUUGGCUGCUGUUUCACUCGAGCCCCUUGCUGUCAGAAAUGUGCCCACUCCGAUAUCAAAUGGCAGUAGACUUGCUAGCAUCAAAGCCUGGGCCCUCCUCAUUACAUUCUUUUUGGCUUAUGCCGGACUUUUUCUCUACAUGUCGUACGUCGUUGCUGGCUAUAGCUGGAGUUUUGUUGAGUCUACAUAUUAUACAGUCCUUAUGCUCAAAGACUUGACUCCAAACAUGGGAUUGUGGUGGUACUUUUUUGUGGAAAUGUUUACCUUUUUCCGGCCCUUUUUCCUCUGUGUGUUCCAGCUCUUUGCUACGUCAUUUGCCAUUCCAAUAACAAUCCGCUUUUACACAUAUCCUCUUUUUGCUCUUACUAUAGUUUCGGGCACUUUGGCACUGCUCAAGCCGUACCCUGAGGUUACGGAUCUGGGGUUUUAUCUCUCACUUCUUACCCUUUUCAAACCUGUAUUUGUGCUGCUACGUUUCCGUCAGGCAGUUGCACUUGCGUUUUUAUACUCGUCGGCGCUGGCCCCGACGUUUUACCAUUUGUGGAUCUACUUAGGCUCAGGAAACUCCAACUUUUUCUAUGCCAUCACUCUAGUUUAUGCGCUGGGACUGAGUUUAUCACUUACCGACACCAUUUGGGUCGGAAUCCGACUGCUCUACGACGGUGGGAAAAACCCACGCGUCACGCAAAUAUAA